AUGGACCUGGAUGAUGACUCGGUUGAGUCCGACAAACUAAGCCAAGGUAGACAAAGUCCAAAGCAAAGUAGACGACGGCAAAGAAAUUCCGUCAAUCCGUUYUUGCUCCCCACGUACGGAUCUUUUAGYGAAGARGAGGCAAAAAAGGAACAGGAACCACCUCCUAAACCAAAAGAUAAACCUCACUUGAAYUUCAAAAGGCUCGCAAAAGCCAUCACUCAGCAAAGAAAACUCAACAGUCUACUACAGGACAUUGCAGAACAAGGUGACGACCACACGAAAGCAAAAGGAUUUGUAGCCAAGACAGAAGAUGGCCAGGAAAGAUUAAGUUUUAACGUCAAUGCCUUCAAAGCACAUAUCCAAUCAUGUGGAGUCAUACCGGACGAAGUGAAGAAAAUUCUUAGGAAGCCAUCAUGGAACCGCUCCAAAGACGAAGUGGAAAAGGUUCUUCGUAUUGUAAAGAGAAUGAAAGGUUUUAAUCGAUACCCCAUGUUCGUUAAACGAGAAUUAGCCAAAGUUCUAUACUAUGCUACUUACAAAGCUGGUAGAGUCGUGAUUAGACAAGGACAUGUUGGGAUUUCAUUCUACUUUAUUGUGCAUGGUUCUGUCAUCGUCGAAAGAGUCGAGGAAGAUAAGGCAACUGGAGAAAGACACACACAGAUCGUUGGUGAAAUGAGUGAGGGCGACUCAUUUGGUGAAUUAGCACUCCUUCAUGACAUUCGAAGAGCGGCCACUAUCAUCUGUAAGGAAACCUCGGAGUUYUUGAUUGUCGACAAAGAAGACUUCAACGAGGUUCUGCGAAUGAGCCAUCAGAUUGAAUAUGAGAAAAAGAUAUCAAUUCUUUCCAACAAUUGUGCAUUUGAAGACUGGUCAGCCACUGAAAUCAAGCAAACAGUUCAUCACACCAAGUUACAAAGCUACAAACAAAAUACGGUUAUCCUGAGUGGUACAGAGGUUGCACCAGACUUCACGUUUUUUAUUAUUAGCGGAAAAUGUCACGUCGUUCGCGAUAUGAACGUUGUAAAAAAUAUCCUACCAUCAGGCAAAGCGCGCUUCACACUUCCUCCCAUCGACGAUAAACCAGGAAUUAUUCAUGCUGAAUGCUACAACAGAAAACGAAAAGUAGAAAGAAAGUUACUUGUGAUAAAAACCCUUAAAAGAGGAGAUUACUUUGGAGUUGGUGAAGACUUAGGGAAAACAUACAUUAUUUCUGCAGGAAGGGUUCACUGCAUCCUUAUCAACCAUAUUGUACUUUUAAAAAGAGAAAGGGGAAAGUACAUGGAAAUUAUGCGACAAAAUCUGUUGAACUCUUUUCCAACUCCUCAGCAAGUUUUUCAAGGUUUUGUUCAGGACUACACCUGGAAACAAUACAAGAAGAAAUGUCUGUCUGAUAUAUUUAGCAAACAGAAAAAGACUACGAGCACAACAUAUAAUGAUGUCCCCUUUGUAGUGAGAMAAGACCAUUGCUAUUAUUUAGAGUAAUCAAUACAUUCAAAUAAUUCAUAAAACCAAAAACAUAUUGUUCAUU